AUGAUAACGGAGGGACUCAUGCGGCACUUGGGGGCCCGAGGGGCCCCCAGAAACUCCCGGAGAAUUCCUCCAGAGCAGGUUGCUGCUGCGGCAAGCAGCAGCAGCAGCAACAGCAGCAAUGGGAGCAGCAGCAACAACAACAGCAGCAAUAGCAGCAGCAGUAAUACACUGGGCGGCAGCCAGAGCAGCAACGACCGCAGUAGCAAGGAUGACGGGAGAAAGAGAAGCAGCCGUAGCUGCUGCCCUUCCGCACGGAACCCGUGGCUGCUGCAGCCGCUUCUUCUGCGUGCGCAGCAGGUUUUUACUGCAGUUGAAUCGGAGCUGCAGCAAACGCUGGAUCAGCAGCAGCAGCACAUCGCUGCUGCUGCAGUGCGGGACCUUCAGGCGUUUGCUGACCUCCUCUCAUCCAUUGUGUGUAACCAGGAUGGCCCCCAAGAACAGCUGCACGCGGGGCCGUCAGGGGCCCCCCUGAAGCAGCAGCGCCGCUCAGCAGCAGCAGCUCCAGUAUCCGGUGAGGCUGCUUGCUGCAUCUCAACAGCAGCAGCGACAACAUCAGCAACACCAGCAUCAGCAGCAGCAGCAGCAGCAGCAUCUGUGGCAUGGGUUUCUUCAACUUCAGCGUCUUCGGGCACACAGAAGUGUAGGCCAGCUGGAGGGAGCCUUCAGCAGCACGAGCUGGAGCAGUUGCUGCAGCUAGACGAGGACGAGCAGCAGGGGCAGCAGCAGCAGCACCAGCAGCAGCCUAAGCUGCUGCAAAGUGUGGAGCCCUUGGGCACAACACGCGGCGAGAAAAGGCGAAGGGCGCCUUCUAAGCAGGCACAACCAACAGCAGCUGCUGCAGCAGAUCAACCUACAGCUGCUGUUGCUUUGGCAGCUGCAACACCGGCAGCAGCAGCACAACAGAGCAGACGGCGACGAGAGAGUCCGCGAGAAGACGGCACUGUUCGUGCUGCUGCCGAUGCUGCUGUUGAUCUGCCGGCUGCAGAACCUGCAGCUGCAGCUGCACGCAUGCCACGACCAGCUGCAGCAACGCCUUAUUCGACGUCGCCGCCUUCCCAAGCAGCAGCAGCAGCAGCAGCACCUCCUCCUCCUCCGCCUCCUCCUCCUCCUCCUCCUCCCCCCUUUGCUGUAGUUCCGCCUCCACCUCCUCCCCCUCCUUUGCCGUGUUGGGCUGCAGCAGGACCGCCAGCAUCAGCAGCCGCGCCAGCAGCAGCAGCAGGAACAACAGCAGCAAUUGACUCUCGGCAAUUGUCUACAGGUGCUGCUGCAGUCUCAGGUCUCUCUUCGGAGGUCCUGGAGGCGUUGAACACCCUCAGCGAGAAGGAGCGAGAAGAGACGCUUGAAAUCCUCGACGCGCUCUCGCCUCCAUCCCGUCUAGCGCCAAAUACACAGCACGCACAAGACCCUUCCGGGGAUCCCACAGGUUCCGGAGCUCUAGAAGGCUUGGGGGCUACAGGAGGCUUGGGGGCCCCCGGCCCUUCCGUUGAUCCGGAUGGGGGAGUUGCCGAAGGAGCGCCAGCAGCAACCAGGCAGCAGCAGCAACAGCAGCAGCAACACGAAACGCUGCAUACGCAGUCGGCAGCAUUUAUGAACUUUUCCGGCCAAGGAGGCCCACCCUUUGCUGGCAGAGGGCCCGUGGCCUUGGAGGGAACAGGGGGACAAAUGGGCCCCCUCUCGUGUGCAGCAAGGGCUACGGAGGGUCGUAAGACAGCUGAGGCCUCGGAUACAGAAGAGGGAGAGAUAUCCGACUACGGCGAACACAGGCCGCCCGCUUCGGCAACGGAACAUUCCCCGAGUGAGGAAGCUGGAGACGGCGCGAGGCCCCUGCAGCAACAGCAGCUGCAGCAGCAGCAGCAGCAUAUAAGCGCGUCUCAGCCUUCAACAGCAGGCGCAACUUCGUACCAGCGCGAGAGUGGCAGCUGCAGCAACACGGUUGAUACGGGAGAGUGUUCGGCCCCCCCUGCUGCUGAGUCCCCUUUUUCUUCGCUCGUUGCUUCGCAAGGGGCGGGGCCCCCAGAUUCGAGUUUGUUGGAUGCGUUGAUCGCCGCGAGGCCUCUGUCUUCAGAAGCGGUGUUGUGCAAUUUGUAUAGCUUAAAGAAGUGCGAGGCGGCGCGGCCACAGCCGCAGCCGCAGCGAAAGCCAAAGAGAAGAACCCAAGAGGCUCAGGAGAGGCACCGCCAACGCUGGGCAGAGAUACAGCAGAGGAGGGCCCAAGCUGCCAAUAAGAGACAACAGAUGAAGGGGUGCCCCUUCGGGAAGGAGGGAGACGGGAGCCACUGCAGUUCAACACAGCCCGCCCAAAUGCAUUUCACUCCCUUAACUCCUUGCUAA